AUGACACGUUACGGUUUCAGUCAACGUCAGCGUGUUCGCAAGGAAGCUCGCACACUGUCCAAUCCACACAACCCAAUCAAAGUGCCGUCACCAUGGUGGGCUCCUCUCGUGCAACUAAGACGUCUGAAAUUAAGCUGGUUUCACCGUUUCCGUCCGAAAUAUUCUAAUUCAAUUUCCAGCAACGAACCGAACGUGCCGAAUGAGUCUGUUGGCGCCGAUGAGUCGGGGGGGCAAGAGAGGAUAGCCGAAGACGAUCAAAACUUGCAGUCGAUGAUUAGCAGCAUUCAAAACGAUGGUCUGGCGUCGGCCGACAAUAAUAACAUAUCUUCUCGCUCUGCAUCGCCAGUAAGCCCGACGUUAAUCGAUCUGUUCAAAGCGGAUAACAUUACAAACGCGCAUGGCAUCUUAGCUGGAGAGAAUACAGAAAAGUCAAGGGAUGAUCAAGAUGCUCGGCAAAGCUCGCAAGCAAUCACGAAUCCAGUGAAGCAUGCAAAUACUACGAUUCGAGGCGGAGGAAAUGUUGCAGAAAAAACCAGCGGAGCCGAUGGAAAAUGCUCUACCUCCAUUCCUCUUCGAUUAAAAACUGCAUUAGAAAGAGUAGUUAGAGAUCAAGAGCUCGCAUCCAGUCGGCCCACCAAAAAUUGGGUCACGCGUUUCAAAGAUUCCCAGAAGGCAAUCAACCCUCAUCGAAGACGAAGACACCAGACAAGAUCUCCUAAAGGUAGCGUUAGAAAGCGUGUCUUGAGAAGAUUAGAAUAUAAAAACCUUGGGAUAGAACUAACAUAUGCGGAGGUGAAGAGAGCAGAAUGGAAGCCACGAGAUCAUAUGACAGUGGAUUCGAGAAGCGCUGAUACGAGGAAGCCUAAGCCGGGUUGCUCUAACCUACGUUAUUGUUUGACGUAUCUUAAGCAGGUUCAAGAUACAGUCUCUGACUGUAGAACUUCGUGGGCGCGUGAUCAUAAGCAGUGGUUUUCUCGUUGGAGUACAGUUCGCGCUGCAGCUUUGUGCCUCGGUGUUUGA